AAACAGCGAGAGCUGGCUCGGAAGGGGUCCCUGAAAAACGGCACCAUGGGGAGUCCAGUUAAUCAACAACCCAAGAAGACCAACGUCAUGGCUCGGACAAGGCUGGUCGUUCCGAAUAAAGGCUAUUCUUCAUUAGAUCAAAGUCCCGAUGAAAAACCAUUGGUGGCGCUGGACACAGACAGCGAUGACGACUUUGACAUGUCCAGAUAUUCCUCCUCGGGAUAUUCUUCAGCUGAGCAGAUCAACCAGGACUUGAACAUCCAACUUCUCAAGGACGGCUAUCGGUUGGACGAGAUUCCCGACGAUGAGGACCUCGACCUGAUCCCGCCCAAGUCGGUCAACCCCACUUGCAUGUGCUGUCAAGCCACCUCUUCCACCGCCUGUCACAUCCAGUAACGCCAGGCCGAGCCGAGGGCGACCGGGCGCGUUCCAUUAUAACUGUAAAACUUUUAAACAGCCAUGGCUUCCUCCUAUGGUAGGACCUCUUUGUGUUCAUAGAGUCAGGAGAAACCAAAAAAAAAAAAAGAAAGAAAGAAAAAGAAAAUUAAGAAUAAUAUUAAUAACCAUUUUAAGAUCCUCUUCUCAUUUUAUAUUUUUAUUUUGGGGUGUGUUAAACCUGCAGGAAGGGAGCUCUGCACAGGAAAAAGUCCGUUUAUCUCUUGGAAAAUCAAGGCUGGUUUUAAGAAUCGCGCUUAGGGCUCCAGAGAGGGAUGGAUGGAUGGGCUGGGGACGCUGUAGGACACAGCUAUCCAACCUUGGCAACGUUAAGACCGGACUUAAUGUUGCCAAGGUUGCACACCUCAACUAUAGGGCAUCUUUACCUGACAUUCCAGGUGCAGGAGUCUGAAUGGAGAAGGAAAACAAAUCUUUGACCAGAAAUUAAAAGGGAUUUUAUUUUGGGAGCAGGGGAAGCUCCUCCAGGGGAGGAGGAGGAGGAAAGCAAGGACGAAAUAUGAGAUUUUAUUAUUAUUAUUAUUAUUAUUUGCUAAAGAGGAAUUGGCCAGCAUGAAUCCACACCAAACAUGGAUUACAGGGGACCUGAAACGAAACAAUGGUGGCCAUAAAACAUGAGGAAAAAAAAUGUAGCGUAGAACCAGGACUCACCUUCCCUUCGACCCCGAUAAUUUUAACUCCUCCCUGAACGCAAACCCUACCAACCCCGAGAAGGAGCAUUGCUCAGAGUAGAAAUCUUGGUUCCUUCAACCUUGAAGAGCAAACGAAAAGAUCUGCGUUGGGCUGCUGUCUUCUUCUUUGCAUUUGCAAAUUAAGAGAACCUUUAGCUUGAGGACCAGGGGGUGAAGCUGCUGCCCUAGGCUGAUUUUGGGUUGUAGAAUGCCAUCGUUGUGGGGUCCUUGGUGCUCUCUGAUCAUGGUUGUGUUCUUGCAGACAUUUCAUGACCCAGCUAGGUAACGUCAUCAGUACUGGUGAUGUAAUCUAGUUUGAGCAAUGAAAAGUCUUAAAGUAACCCCACUGUGAUUUAAAAAAAAAAUCAACCAUUCAGGUAUUCAGACAGCUGGAGACACAUGAACAAUAAAUAAGAGCUUUAUUAUGAAGAUUUUGCAAAAGGGAAUUCUGCUCAUGGGCAAAAGACAUGGUUCCCAGGAAGGCUGGAGUUUAUAUACAGGUUCAAAUAUACAAUCUUUGCCCCUUUCCGGGUUCACAAUCUAUCCAGUUACAUAUUCAGCUACGCAACACUCCUAUUAUUGUAGCAUACCAUCUGUUUCCUCGUCCUGUUUACCCGUUUCCAUUUCCAGUCAUCUCCAUCGUUAACAUGACACUGGACAGCGUGAGCCACCAAAUAUAUAACCUUCAUACAAAACAAUAGAGAAUUCUUACAUAAUAUUCCAGUAAAUUAUCUUAG